AUGUCCAAUCCAUCCAAACCAAACCUCUACAUCCUCUACAACGCCAAAGCCUCCCUAGCAGGAAAAUGCGACUACGUCUACCGAAAACUCACAUCCCCAGCCGACGCACCAGCAUGCAGUGCCUGUGAUCUGACGCACGGCGGUCUACGGCUGACGGAGACCGAGACAUGGACGAAGACUAAGUCACGGAUAAAUGCGAAUGUGGUUCAGUUGCAUAUUGAUGAACUUACGCCUGAGUUAAAAGAAUUUUCGAAAAGUGCUUCGCUGGUGUUUCCGACUGUGUUGGAACAGGAACAGGGCGGAGAGUUGAAGGUGCUGCUUACGGCGCAGGAGUUGAAUAAGGUCUCGAAGGACCAUGAGGCGUUUCUGAGCAGGCUUGUUGAGAGUGGGCGGCGUGAGGGUGUGGCUGUUUCGGUUGCGGACUGA